AUGCAUUACAUAUACUUAACAUCAGUUUACUCUGUUUUCGUAAUUAUUACUGCUGCACAGUACCAGCUCCCUGGUCAAUAUGCAUUUCCUCAAAUGCCUGGAGCAGGUAUGGGCCAGUUAUCACCACAGAUGCUCCAAAUGCCUUCAGGAGCAAUAUCAAUGGCUCCAAACCCCUCUAUGGCACUCAACUCUCCUUUUCAAAUCCCACAACCCCGACUCCCGGUUAUGGUGAUGCCGUAUCAUUCCAAAGCAUCGGAUAAAAAAUACAAAAAGCGGAAAAGAAUAAAGAACAAACAUAAGGAGUCAUCCAGUUCGAGCAGUAGCGAUAGUCAUUCAUCCAGUAAAGAAUACGUAAUGAGAAGUAAAAAGAAGCAUAGAAAAAAACAGAAGCGCCAAGUGUUGACGCCGGUCAUUUCUUACGUCACUCGAAACGGAGACAUAGUGUACCAGAAAAAAGUUAAGAAAGAGAAAGCGGGGGAUUGGCUGGAGCUCGGAAAGAGACCAACGUCAAUGGCAGCGGAGAGCGGAGAAGAUAUAUUCGACACCAAAGAGAUAACGAUCCGGGAUUUAAAACAGAAAUUCGAUUUUAAGAAAAAGCAACGCAAACGGACACAUUGA